CUUUAUUGUAUUCACAUAUUGUGGGCUGGAUUGCACUUACACCGAUCACUACUAUAUACUAUUAGACUUCGUGACUAUAACUUGAGUUGCCUUUCAUCAUGAAACUCAUCUUUAUCCUCGCCUUGAGCGCAUCCGCGUCGGCUCAGACUUUUGAUUGGUUCUGUAAUGGCGGAACAGGCGGAAAUGGAGGGUGCGAAGCAAAUGGCCAAGCGACCUACUGUGUAAGUACUACAGUAGCACAGAUAAGAAUGAGCUACGCAUCGCAUCGCACAUAGACUUACUCUCUUCUAUAGUGUUUUGAAGAGAACAAUGUGCCGGGAUUCAAUACUCCACGACCAACCACCACUACUUCUCAGAACGCCCAAGGGGGCAUCCGUUGCGGUCCUAACAAUGGGGGAUUAAUUCGAUGUGGCCCUAGGUAGUCGAAGACAGGAAGACUACCUAGUAUCAGUUUAGACGGCAUAACUAAGUGCUGGUUAUUGAGCAGAGAAAAUAUACUCGGAUUCUUUGCGCGAGUUAUGUGUGAGCUCAUGUUAUCUUUCCUGCG